AUGUGGUAUUCGAUCGAAGCUGAGCGAGUUCAGGAUCGUUGUUCUGGGCAACAGACAUUUCCUCAAGGUCUAUUGGUGAGGACGACAGUUGAUGUAUGUGAGCACGUGAAAGUGCAUCAGCGACAACAUUAUUCGGACCAUCGAGGUAGCGAAUGUCGACACAAAAUUGUGAGAGGUAAUCCAGAUGUCGUGUCUCUCUCGGAGAAUAGCGAUCGGAAGCGGCGCGAAAAGCGUAGACCAACGGCUUGUGGUCCGUCAGAAUUACAAAACGUCGUCCUUCAAGGACGUGACGAAAGU